AUGCCAAAAGGCGUUUCCAUCCAAGCAUAUGCAGACGAUCUCCUACUGAUCGUCUCGGGUCAUAGCAGAGCGACCCUUGAAAGCAAUGCAAAAGAGGCAAUCCAGAGAAUAAAGUCAUGGAGUGAGCAUUACAAACUCACAUUCAAUCCGGCAAAAAUGACCGCCAUGACAAUUAAAAGGCAAGGCUCAUUCAAAGGCAGCAGAACUCCAACGAUCAAAUGGGACAAUGAUUCUAUACCUAGUGUGGAAUCCUUCCGGUACUUAGGUGUAGUGUGGGAUUCGAACCUGACCUUCAGCCCGCACAUGGAUGGAGUGAGGAACACCGUUCUGGACAUGAGCCAAAAACUCAUGCGGACCGCCAGACGCCUCUACUCAAAUCAUCCGGCCCUGUUGAAAAAGAUAUACAUGGGAGCCAUAGAGAGGUACGCCCUUUUUGGUAGCGGUGCAUGGGGCCCGCGCCUCUGCAAUAGUAAGUUUAGAGAACGUCUCAAUUCCAUACAGAGACCGUUCGCAUUACUAAUUUCAAAAGCGUACAAAAGUGUGCCCACACUUAGUGCGCAAGUACUAGCAGGUGUACUCCCGCUAGACCUAGCGGCGACCAAAGAGUUUGCCAAGUUCCAAAUGAGAACUAGGGACACUCUCGUCAGUGUUGCCUCAGCUACCUUCGAUCCAAAUGACUACGAGGAAAGCGUAGAUCUAUGGCCAGUCCAUCCGGCCACGAGAAUAUCCAUACCGUACAGCCUCAAUAAGCCGUGUGGGGACGAAAUGGAGAUCUACACCGAUGGUUCGGGACUUGAAGGACGUGUUGGCGCGGCCUUCGUGGUCCUGUACUACGGUGCGGAGAUCCAUGAAGAAAGAUACAGGUUGGGAGACCUUAACACAGUCUUCCAAGCAGAGCUCUUUGCCAUCAAAAAGGCUCUCGAGUGGUGUGUGCAGAACCGCAAAGGUAAAUACACGUCCAUACACACGGACAGUUUGUCAUCCCUAUACGCAAUGACAAACUCCAGUCACCGCCACUUCCUGGUUAACGGCAUUAAAGAUCUUUAUAGGCAGGCUCUAACUUCUCAAACGGUGGAAUUCAAAUGGAUCAAGGCGCACGUUGGUCACCACGGUAACGAGCUGGCCGACGAUCGUGCGAAGCGGGCAACACUCAAGGAAGAGGUUGACUUUAGUCUUCCGAUUCCCAUGGCGAGAUUUACACGGAAACUUAAAGAUCUCUUACUCCGUGAAUGGCAGACUCGAUGGGAGUCGUCCGAUAAGGGACGUCAAACGUUCCAUUUUAUAAGCAAAGUUAGCACAAAAGUGCUGUACGGCAACCAUUAUAUCAAUCAGGUCCUAACAGGUCAUGGUAGAUUCCCGCAUUACCUUGCGCGAGUCGGACUGGGUUCGUCCGAGGAGUGCGCAUGCGGAAGUGGAAACGGUGACGCGCUCCAUUACUUACUGGAGUGUGACCUUACUCAGGCUACUCGAGAUAAACUCCGUUUUGAUCGAGGAAACCUGGGCUCACUGUUGACGGACUUUAACCUCCCUCAUCUCGAGCAGCUGGCCCGAGAAGUUGGAGGGUUCGUCGAGCAGCUGGUCAGGUGA